UCCAGAAUUCUCAAUUUGGCACCAAAUUAGAGAGGGAGAACCGACAUCUAUAACAGAACAGAGCUAGAGAGAAGAUCGAGAGAGAAAGGAAAGAAAAGCUCCACAGAGUUGUGAUUUAAUUCUCGAAAUUCUUCUUCCUCGUCAUGGAUCUGGGCCCUCCUUCAGGGGAAGACUAUGCCCACCCAAAUAUAUGUUUCUUUCAUGUGUUCUUCAAGGGGGCAGCUUUGGCAUUCUACAUACUUUCCGCUCUCUUUGUUGAUAGCUUUGUGAUUGUCUUUGUGAUCACUGUUCUUCUUGCUGCUCUUGAUUUUUGGGUAGUCAAGAAUGUCAGUGGGCGUAUCUUGGUUGGACUGCGGUGGUGGAAUGAAAUAAAUGAUGCGGGUGAGAGCUUGUGGAAAUUUGAAUGCCUGGACCAUGAGUCAUUAGCUCGAAUAAACAAGAAGGAUUCCUGGCUGUUCUGGUGGACCCUUUACCUUUCAGCAGUUGCAUGGUUUUUGCUUGGAAUAUUCUCUCUCAUAAGGUUUCAUGCUGAUUAUCUCCUCGUUGUGGGAGUUUGCUUGACCCUUAGCAUUGCAAAUAUUAUUGGCUUUACCAAGUGUCGCAAAGAUGCUAAAAAGCAGAUUCAAGCCUUCGCCUCUCAAACCAUUGCAUCUCGGUUGACAUCUACAAUACAAUCGGCGUUCAGUGUAGUUUGAACUGUUGCUACAGAAAGAUGGAAGUAAAAUAGUAAAGAUGAAGUUGAGAACUGAUUACGGCAUGUACAUGAUUAUGCCAACAGUACAGUGUCACUGAUGCUCUCAGCGUUACCUUUUUGGAUGUUUUGGUGCUUCUUUUCUUCUUUUUUCUUUUUUUUUUCUUUUUUAAUGAUGAUUGUAUACAGCGAAGACAAAAAAAUAAAAAAUUGUUCAUUUUUGUGUUGAAAA